CCUCCUUCCUUCCUUCCCUCCCCCUUCCCCGCGCUCUCCCUCGCGCGUCGCCUGGUCCUCGCGACGGUGGCAGCAGAUGAAGGAGCCGGCGGGAGGCCGCCCGGAGCCCCUGCCUCGCCGCCUCCGUCGCCUCCGCUCGGGCAAGAUGGGAGCGAAAUGAGCCCCGAGCCGGAGCCGCCGCCGCCUCCUCCGCCUCUUCCUGCUGUUCCAGCCUCGGCCCGGGAAGCGGAGGUGGUGGCCUUGACGGUGGCGGCGGUGGUGGACGGCGAAGCAGCGGCAGCAGCGGCGGCAGCGAGUGGCGGUAAAAAGUGGGGCAGCCGAAUCAUGCUGGUGAGGAGAAUCGGCCUCAAGCCGGGCGGAGGCACUUCGCAAGGUAUUGGUCGACCAAGCGUGUACCAUGCAGUUAUUGUCAUCUUCCUUGAAUUCUUUGCUUGGGGUCUGCUCACAACACCCAUGCUCACAGUCUUACGUGAAACAUUUCCACAGCAUACAUUUCUAAUGAAUGGCCUCAUUCAAGGAGUUAAGGGUUUUUUAUCGUUCAUGAGUGCUCCACUGAUCGGUGCUCUGUCCGAUGUCUGGGGAAGAAAGUCUUUCUUGCUUGUUACAGUUUUCUUUACUUGUGUCCCCAUUCCACUAAUGAAGAUAAGUCCAUGGUGGUAUUUCGCUAUGAUUUCUGUAUCUGGGAUUUUUGCUGUUACGUUCUCUGUGAUAUUUGCUUAUGUAGCCGACAUAACACAAGAACAUGAGAGAAGCACAGCUUAUGGACUGGUAUCUGCCACAUUUGCAGCAAGCUUGGUAACUAGCCCUGCUAUUGGAGCACACCUGUCUACUCUAUAUGGUGAUAACUUGGUGGUACUAGUUGCUACAGUGGUGGCUAUUGUAGAUAUCUGUUUCAUUCUGUUGGCUGUACCGGAAUCUCUACCUGAAAAAAUGAGACCACCUUCAUGGGGAGCUCUUAUAUCAUGGGAACAAGCAGACCCCUUUGCAUCGUUGAAAAGAGUUGGGAAGGAUUCUACGAUUUUGCUGACUUGCAUUACCGUCUUUCUUUCUUAUCUGCCUGAGGCUGGCCAGUAUUCUAGCUUCUUCCUGUAUUUGAGACAGGUGAUAAAAUUUGAGUAUGCUAGCAUUGCAGCAUUCAUAGCUGUCAUUGGAAUUCUGUCCAUAGGUGCUCAGACUAUCUUUCUCAGUAUCCUCAUGAGGUCCAUAGGAAACAAAAAUACAGUUCUCCUUGGCCUUGGUUUUCAGAUGUUCCAGCUGGCCUGGUAUGGCUUUGGUUCUCAGCCGUGGAUGAUGUGGGCAGCAGGAGCUGUAGCAGCCAUGUCAAGUAUUACCUUUCCAGCGAUCAGUGCUCUUGUGUCACGAAAUGCAGACUCAGACCAGCAGGGUGUUGUCCAGGGGAUAAUAACUGGAAUCAGAGGUCUGUGCAAUGGCCUAGGUCCUGCUCUCUAUGGUUUUAUAUUCUUUCUGUUCCAUGUGGAGCUUAAUGAGUUGGCACCUGUUCAGGAUAAAAAGGCUAUGCAGGAUCCAAGUGAUGAGAGUGCAAUUAUCCCUGGGCCACCUUUCCUGUUUGGAGCAUGUGCAGUCCUUCUAGCUUUUCUAGUUGCCUUAUUCAUCCCUGAGCACAGUAAAGCCAGCAGUACCAGGAAGCACAGCAACAGCAUCAGCAGUAUCCAGAGCAACAACCCAGAUCGAGGCAGUGAUGAGGACAUUGAGCCACUGUUGCAAGACAGCAGUGUAUGAGAGCUACUAGAUUUUCCUAAUGUUAAUAGAGACUGCAAGCAAGCAAAAUCCAUGCACUGAGCUCUGAAUUCAGAGCAGGACUUGACUGGUGAGCUUUUGAUCUAUCAGAAGCUUUGCACAUUUCACCCACCUAAGGUAUACUGUGUAGGUGGCCACUGGUGUCCCGGACGGGCGGAUUUCAACCACUUACUGUGUUUUUUGUAUAACUGUCCGAAGUAGUUAUUUUUAUGUAUCGGUGCAAAUGCUAUCAUGCCCAACAUUGAAUUGAGAAUUUGGAAUACAGUGUCUUGGAAAUUACCUUCAAAAACACAAUUGAACAUUGAGCACUCAAUUUCACUAUGAGCAGACCACAGCCCCUGCCAAAGUAGUGAAUGGUGAAGCAUUUCCAUUAUGCCUUCUCAUUGGAUACAUCCUUCCUUUUAGCCCUCUUGAGUUUGGGAAAAUAUUCUAUAUGAGUAAAUGCUACUGAUGGAUAAAGGUCAUUACAUUGUCCCUCCUUCAAAUGCUCCUAUAUUUCUCUUACUAAUAUGCUGUCUGAUAGAAUGAGUAUUGCAUAACUAUUUACAGAUGAAGUGUUGCAGAAGAACUUCAACCAUUGAAAUAGAAGUUAUUUGCAAGUCUUCAUUCCCCUCAUUCCCAAGGAUUCUAACGUAGACAUGUGUAAAAAGGGCUCCAGCUGGAACCUAAAAUGGACAAAGAUAAUUCUAUGUUGAUGGAAGGCAUUAGUGAUGCUCACUGAACGGUCUAGCACUACCAGUGUGGUCAGUUCUGACAUAGAGCCUAAUUAACUGGAUGCUGAGGCAAUUUACAUUGACUUGUGUGUAUUUAUUGCAUCGUCACUUUUUAUCUGCCGUAUGAAGCACUCCAUCCCUGUUAAUUUCACUCCUGCCUUAACUGCUACUUAGUGUGCAUUUGUUAUCCACUACAUUUAGCUUUCAUAUCAAUCUCUGAAGAAUCUCAUGGAUUUACAAUUAUGAUAUGCUUCUUCAAAAGAGGUGUUAAAGAUGGUUUAGUUUCUACAGAGUAUCAUGCUAUAAUUUUUAGAGGCAUUUUAUGAAUUUACACAGAUUUCUAUGUAUUUUGCGGCAGUGGAAAUGGACCAUUACACAAAAAACUAACAAAGUACUCUUAUGAAUGUUUUAUAUGUAUUGAAUAUAUGUAGAUAUUUGUAAGAAGUUUUACUUUUUUCCAGAUGAGGUACUGUGUAAAUCUUGUAUUUAUAAAUGUAAUGAGGGUGUUGACAGAUAUACAGCUUUUAUAAAGGAUUGUGUAACGACUGAACAAAAAUUAAAAAAUACAAAAAUAUAUAUAUAUAUAUAUAUAUAUUUUGAAACUUGUUCCGCCUUAAGCAAAGAUAUCAAACCUUUUGUACUAUGCAGUUUGGUUUUUAAGUUAAUAAGCUUCCUAAUGCAUAAUAAAUUU